UGAAAUGUAAAUUUUUAAUUGAUAUGGGGUUCAGUCCAAAGAUUAACCUUUGUCAGUUAUGAUUUUAAUAUUAUUUCCAAUUACAUGUCAACAAAAAUUGUGCUUUGUGGAUGCCGUGUUGUAAUGUCAUAGUGAUGACGCUUUACUUUAUUUGAGGUCUCAAGGCGUCGAAAUGGUUUCUUUUUAAAAGGACCAAUAUCAUCUUGAUUAGUGAGUUUCAGUGUUGGUGUAAAGACAUGGCUGACAGUGCAGGGCUGCAGUUUGUCAGCCCUUACGCAUUUGAAGCCAUGCAGAAAGUGGAUGUGGUGCAUCUGGCUGCCCUGAGUGAUCCAGAGCUGAGGCUGCUGCUGCCCUGCUUGGUGAGGAUGGCUUUGUGCGCUCCAGCUGAUCAAAGUCAGGCCUGGGCCCAGGACAAGAAACUGAUCCUGCGCCUGCUGUCUGGUGUCGAAGCUGUCAACUCCAUUGUAGCACUCUUGUCUGUUGACUUUCAUGCUUUGGAGCAGGAUGCACGGAAGGAGCAGCAGCUUAGGCACAAGGCAGGGAACUCGAACGGAGAGAGCAUCCUGGUGUCACAGCUGCAGCAUGGCCUGACCUUGGAGUUUGAACACAGCGAUCCCCUCAGACGACUCCGUCUAACCCUCAGUGAACUGCUGGCUAUCAUGAAUAAGGUGACUGACACAAAUGGCGAGUUUUUCUUGAAGUCUUCUGAGCUCUUUGAAAGUCCUGUUUACUUGGAAGAGGUUGCUGAUGUCCUUUGCAUUUUGCAAGCAGAGCUGCCUUCCUUGCUGCCCAUUGUAGAUGUAGCAGAGGCUUUGCUUCAUGUCCGCAACGGUGAAUGGUUUCUGUGUUUGCUGGUUGCCAAUGUUCCUGACAGCUUCAGUGAAGUUUGCAGAGGUCUGAUCAAGAACGGAGAGCGUCAGGAUGAGGGUGUGGGAGGUCGACGCAGAACUGAAGCCCUGAGGCAGCUUUGUCAGAUGAACCCCUCACAGGCUCUCAACAUCAGAGCUAUGGUGGUGGAGGAAUGUCACCUGCCUGGUCUGGGUGUAGCUCUGACUCUGGAUUAUAAACCAGAUAUUGCAGAUGAGGCAGUCAGUCCCCUUGUUUCUUAUGUCAGUGGUCUACUACUGGGUACAAAUAGCAAAGUCCGAACCUGGUUCAGCAUGUUUAUUCGCAAUGGACAACAGCGAAAGAGAGAAAGCAGUUCAGUGCUGUGGCAGAUGCGCAGGCAGCUGCUGCUGGAGCUGGUAGCCAUCCUGCCGCGCUCACGUGUGCUCAUCGACAGCGACAUGGACGAGCAGAGCGGCUCAGGUUACUCGGGCCUCAGAGAGGAGCAUGUGGUGAAGGCCAGCGCUCUGCUCCGACUGUACUGUGCCCUCAUGGGCAUCGCUGGCCUCAGACCAACAGAUGAGGAGGCGGAGCAGCUCCUGCAACUGAUGACCAGCCGGCCGCCGGCCACACCUGCUGGCGUUCGCUUUGUCUCCCUCUCCUUCUGCAAGUUGCUGGCUUUUCCUACUCUGGUCAGCACUCCAGAACAGGAACAGCUGAUGGUUAUGUGGCUCAGCUGGAUGAUCAAAGAAGAAGAAUACUUUGAGAGUGCUGCAGGCGUAUCUGCUUCUUUUGGAGAGAUGCUAUUACUGGUUGCCAUGUAUUUCCAUAGCAACCAGCUCAGCUCCAUUAUUGAGUUGGUGUGCUCUACUUUGGGGAUGAAGAUUGUCAUCAAGCCCAGCUCUCUAAGUAAGAUGAAGACCAUUUUCACACAAGAGAUCUUCACUGAACAGGUGGUUACAGCACAUGCUGUAAGAGUUGCAGUUACCAAUAGUCUCAGCGCUAACAUCACAGGAUUCCUGCCAAUUCACUGUAUCUACCAGCUGCUUCGGAGCAGAGCCUUCACCAAACACAAGGUGUCCAUUAAGGAUUGGAUCUACCACCAGCUAUGUGAGACUACCACCCCCAUCCACAACCAGCUUAUUCCUCUAAUUGAUGCCUACAUCAACUCCAUCCUCACUCCAGCCUCCAAGGCCAACCCAGAAGCCACCAACCAGCCAAUCACAGAGCAAGAAAUCCUCACAGUCUUCCAGACGUCUGCUGGGCAAGCAGAGGGCAUUCGAGGAGGACGGCAGCACUACUCCAUCACCACGCAACUUCUCAUCCUCUACUACAUCCUGUCUUAUGAGGAGAAUCUGCUGGCUAGCACCAAACAGCUAUCCAUGAUGCAGAAAAAGCCAAAGUCGUAUUCAGCAGCCUUGAUGGACCAGGUUCCCAUUAAGUACCUGGUUACCCAAUCUCAGGGACUACAACAGGAACUUGGAGGUCUGCACUCAGCUUUGCUGAGACUGUUGGCCACCAAUUACCCCCACUUGUGUCUAGUGGAGGACUGGGUGUCUGAGGAAGAGGUGACAGGGACACUCCUCCUGCUAAGGAGAAUGAUGCUUCCAAGCAACAUGUGUAGAUACACUCAGAGCCAACUUCACCAAGCUUUCCAGAAGUUACCAUCAAGCAGUCCUAGACUGAUGCGGAUCCUGGAGCAGUUAACAUUGCUUUCACCUGCAGACCUGAUCCCUUACGCCGAUGCGCUGACGAACAGCAUGGCUCUGCUGCUUGAGCCUGCGGUGCCUCGCCGCGUACUGCAGACUGUCAACAAGCUCUGGAUGCAUCUCAACACUGUCAUGCCUCGCAGGUUGUGGGUGAUGACGGUAAAUGCUCUCCAGCCUUCAGCGAAGCUCCUCAGGCAGCAGAGAUACACUCAGAAUGACCUGAUGGUGGAUCCUCUUAUUGUGCUGCGAUGUGAUCAGAGAGUUUACAGGUGUCCUCCUUUGAUGGACAUUGUCCUUCACAUGUUGAAUGGCUACCUGCUGGCCUCCAAAGCGUACCUACACUGCCACCUGAAGGAGAUGUCUGACUUUGACCGUCAGAAUCAGACUGUGUCGAACCUGGGCGUGCCCGGUCAGCCUGACACACCCGAGGUUACCCGAGAGGAGUUGAAGAAUGCUCUUCUGGCUGCACAGGACAGUGCAGCAGUCCAGAUCCUGCUGGAGGUUUGUCUGCCCACCUCUGAGGAGCAGCAGCUGGGGGCCAACAUGGAGAGUCUGCUGAGGAGCUUUAGGGGACCUUUACCAGAGAAAACGAAGCAGACCCACAGAGGUACGGAGAACACUGAGCAAGAAGGAGGUCUGCUCAGUGACCUGAGGGAGGUUCAAUGUCUCAUCUGUUGUCUUCUGCAUCAGAUGUUCAUCGCUGACCCCAACAUUGCCAAGUUGGUCCACUUCCAGGGUUACCCCCAGGCUCUGCUGCCUCUGACUGUGGCCGGCAUCCCGUCCAUCCAUAUCUGUCUGGACUUCAUCCCAGAGCUGCUGGCUCAGCCUCAGCUGGAGAAGCAGAUCUUUGCAAUCCAGUUGUUGUCGUACCUGUGUACACAGUACGCCCUUCCAAAGUCACUCACGGUGGCUCGACUCGCCAUCAGUGUCAUGGGAACCCUCCUCACAGUGCUGACUCAUCCCAAGCGUUUCUCCUUCUUCAUGCCCACCCUGCCGUGCCUGGUGACUUUCUGCCAGGCCUUCCCUCCUCUCUACGACGACGUAACGGCUCUACUCGUACAAGUGGGACAAGUUUGUGCCUCCGACGUGGCCACCAAAGCCAGAGACAUCGACCCGCUUAUUGCCCGCCUUCAGUAUCUGAAGGAGAAGCCGCAGGAGGCGCAGAGUUCAGCAGGCAGCUCCUCCAAGCUGACUGUAACCCACAGGACUGUCGAGGACCUGGGCGGCGCUGAUCCCGAUGUCCAGCUCUGUUACUGCAUUGAGGCCACCUUCAUGGACAUCAUCAGCUCCACACUUCACAGACUGUAGAUCAGUGUGUGUGCAGGGACCAGACUCUAACAGCUCUAAGCACCGCCUCCAAAACGCUUCUCAGGGGGCUGCCGUCGUCACCUGUCUGUUCAGUUCCUAAUGGACUGUUGUCUCCUUUUGCUGAGGGCUCUUAGACACUGUCACCUAGUAAUGGGAUGUCCUGUAGGUCCACCUCAGUCUGGACACGGUCCAGUACUGAAAAAUCCAUUUACUACCCACAAGGCUUUUUUGUUUUGUUUUUUGAUGAAUCAGUCCAUGUAAGAACUGUCUGACAUUUUUAGAGUUUGUCACAGUUAAUAGUGAUGGAAUACAGAAAACCUGUUAUCUUGGGUCUGUUAUCUUGACUGCUGUACACAUAUUUUGUAAGAUGUUCAGAGUUCACACUUUUUUCUUAGUUGAAAAAAAAAUUCAAUGCCUUAAACUUGUACUUUUUAAU